GCUUAAAAGAGAACAAAAAUAAUGGAGAGGGAGAUAUCAGGUGAAGGAAGCUCAUUAUCGUUGAGGAAACAACGUAACCUCAGAGAGAAAGACCGACGAAUGCACAUGAAACAUCUCUUCUAUUUACUCUCUUCUCAUGUUUCUCCCACUCAUAGGUUACCCGUGCCUCAACUUAUAGAUCAAGCGACAUCAUAUAUGAUCCAAUUGAAAGAGAAGAUCAAGUAUUUAAAGGAGAAGAAAAAGGCAUUGUUAGGAGAAGUCGAAAAUCACUCUGAAGGGUCCUACCUUCUGCCGCAACUCACUUUUAAUUCGUGGGAUUCGACCAUACAAAUGAAUCUGAUUAUGGAUGCGAACAUGAAAAGAGUAAUGCUACACGAGCUUGUUAGUGUUUUCCAAGAAGAAGGUGCUCAAGUUAACGCUAAUUUUCAGACCUUUAAUGAUAGGAUCACUUAUACAAUCAUAGCUCAGGCUAUCAUAUUUCGGAUCGGCAUUGAUCCAUCAAGGAUCGAAGAGAGAGUACGGAGUAUCAUCUUUUGA